UCCUCCAACCCUUCAUGUUCUCGCCGUCGCUGUGUCUAAUACCUUGAUAUCUUUUCAGUCCUGUAGCUUCUAACUCCUCCUCUCUCCGUUUAUUCAGUAUGACAGACAAGAUAUAUCUGAAGCCGGCGCUCGCAGUUCCGGAGAAUGGGCCAUCUAACGAGCUCCAGACUCCAUCGUCAAUGACUGCGGUAACAGAUCAAGAUAACCUAGAGGAAGGAGAGAUUACAGAGGAAGACGUAUCAAGCACUGCUUCAACUCCUCCCCGAAUUGUGGGCCAACUGUUGAAGAUAUCAAGUGACACAAGUCUUCCCUCUACAUCAGCCCAGAGCUCCCGUUUAUCUUCUCCCUCAACCACUGCCUGCGGCUCGGCCGCGACAUCAACAACACCACAAUACUCGGAUGUGCGAUCUAUGACUCGCGAAGACUUGGAUCACACCAAGAACCUCGUACUUGAUCUCCUAGGCUGGGGUGUUUCUCCUGAAUAUCUGGUCGAGGCUGGUGUAUCAGCGGGUGUAUUAUACAGGGUGUUUACCGAUCUCAACCUCCGUCUUCCUACAAAUCUUGUUAUUUCCCCCACUCGGCCCUCGCUACCUUCUGGCAUACGAUAAUGACAUCUGUAUUCCCACUGUUCGGACAUUCUGCGUUUUGUAAUCGCUCUGUCGCCUCUGUUUUCGAUACCUUUCUUGCAGCCCAUCUAACCAUUCCUUUUUUCGGGUUUUACGUGGGAAGUCUAGAUCCCCCACUUCUUAUUGUGAAGUUGGUUUCACUGUCGAAGCUCUGUGUCGUUCACCUUCCAUCACCGAAUGGUUUUGAGACCUUC